ACAUAGAAACUUCGAAAGACAAUCUGUUCCAUCCAGAGCAGUUUGUCCAUGUUCUCACACAGAUUUUGAAGAAGAAAAAGCUGCAAAACGAUUCAAAGCUUUAGCAGAUAAUUUUGCACUUUGUGCUUAUUUCACUGAAAUCAAAGACCAGACAUAAUUAGACGAUUAGCAACAUGAUGGAAAAUCUAAAGGAUCCUGCGUUUGAAGAACUAGUUGAAAGAAUGAAAGAGUUUGACAUCCGCUACAACCCUGACAAACACCGGUUAAAGAACUACAACCCAGACAUGCCUCUUCGCCCGGCCAGCGUCCUCCUGCCUCUCUUUUACCGUAAUGGCCAGCUACACAUACUUUUGACUAUCCGCUCCAGUGGAAUGCCGACCCAUGCUGGUCAAGUGGCAUUUCCUGGUGGAAUGAGAGCACCUGAUGACCCUGACGCCAUAGCAACAGCCUUGAGGGAAGCAGAGGAGGAAGUUGGCAUUGUGCCAAGUGAGGUGAAGGUCAUUGCUGUUCUUCCUCCCUGCAUUGUUCGACCAAAAUCCCUUGUUACAUGCGUGGUAGCACUAAUUCCAAGUGGUUUUGAACCUCAGAUUAAUCCAAGGGAGGUUGAUUAUGUGUUUGAUUUACCGCUAAGAAGAUUUCUUAGUGAUGAAGGUAGAUCAGCGGAGGAAUUUCAGUGGAAUUCUGCAAUACCAUUUAGUGUCUACCAUUUCAAGGACACCAUUAAAGGUCAAGAAGUUGAUACCUGGGGGUUUACAGCGAUUCAGAUUGCCCAGACAGCUCUGGUGUGUUACCAGUCUGAUGUAGAAUUAGUUAGUAUGAAUAGACGUGUGUUAACAAGGAAGAAUUGUUUUAACGUUGAAAUAACCGAAGUUAUUCUAGAAAAUUAUAUAAAAAACGCAAAACUAUAGGUUUUAUAGGAAAAAUCAAUCCUUUAGAUUUUGCAUUUUUGUAAUAUGUAGAGAUGUUUAAUGGUUUUUACAGUAUUUUUAUUGAAGAAUAUUUGUUUUAUGACUUGCAAUGUAUGGACUUCAUUAUAUACAUAUUGUUACUGUGUAUUAUUUAUUUGUUUGCUGAGAAAUAAUUCUUUCUCAACAUUUACUGAACUUUUGUUUUGUUAAAAUUAAUAGCAAAGACAAGAAUGGUGAUUAAUGUUAAAAAGGAAAGAAAAUAAUGUCUUUAUGAAUUUGGGAACAAAUCAUUGAAUUCAUAUCACAUAAUUUUUUGUUUCAGGGGUCAAACAUUAUUUUUAAUAUUGAACAGUUUUUCCACACCAUUUUAGGUAUGGGGCUGCCUGUGCCUUUCUUAUAAGGAAAAAUCUGUCAUUUUGACUAACAUUGGGAAUUCCAAUAUUGCAAGGAAAUGAACAAAAAAUGCUUUAAAAUAUAGACAAAAAAGACAGUGAUAAUGCAGUGGGGUUUUUUCUCACCGCUUUUAAGAAAAGGGUGGUGGGGCCCUUUGACAGGGCAAAAAUAGCCUCGUUUUUGCAAAAAGGGACAAAAAAUAACAUGAUUCAUAUACAGACAUUCACAUGAUUGUUCCAUAGAGUAUUAAAUCAGUAACAUGCUUUAAUAAUUAUUGUGAAUAGUUAAAUUUCAUGGAUUUGAUUUGAUUUGAUUUGACCUUCAAAAUGUUUCCUAACAUUAAAAUCUUGUUUACAGUUCUAUUGAGCCAGACUAAAUGUCAGACAACAGGCUAUCAUUUGACAAAUGGGAUGCAAAAAAUGUGUAUAUUGAAGUUUAUUGAAUUAUACACAAGAUAGAAGGUAAACCCUGUGCAGCUGUUUGUUUGAUGAGAAUUUAUUUACCUAACAUGUAAUGGGUUUCUCAUAGAUUAAAAGCCCAAUGCAUUUUUACUCAACUCUUUGAAUGCUAUUAUUCUGGAGAAGACAUUUUUUUAUCAAUUGAAAAUGUUGGCUUUACUCCAAUCAGAUAUCCUUUGACAACUCAAAGAAAUGGUAAAUAAUCAAUGAGGUUUUGGAAUGGGUGUUAAGGUUUAUUAAUUAAGAAUUCCUUUGUUAUACAAAAAAACUUGGUCAAUUGAAAUACUGCCAACUUUAAUCGCAAAAACAAGGGCAGUUUGAAAUAGUGCUGACAGAUAUUGAUGAAACUUGGUGUGUAGGUAGCUUAUGUGAAGAGCUAGCUUGGGAUUGCUUUUGAGUGGGGAGGGGCUAAGGUCAAGGUCACUAUUACUAAAAAUAGAAAAAUGGUUUCUGCCCAAUAACUUUAGUUAGGAUUGACAGAAAUUGAUGAAACUUGGUGUGUAUGUAGCAUGUGAAGAGCUAGCUUGGGAUUGCUUUUGAGUGGGGAGGGGCUACGGUCAAUGUCACUGUUACUUGUAAUAGAAAAAUGUUUUUUGCCAAAUAACUUUUGAUGGCAUUGAUAGAUAUUGAUUAAACUUGGUGUGUGGGUAGCUUAUGUAAAGAGCUAGCUUGGGAUUGCUUUUUAGGGGGUGGAGCUAAGGUCAAGGUCACUGUUACUAAAAAUAUAAAAAUGGUGUCCACCCAAUAACUUUAGUUAGCAUUGAUAGAUAUUGGUUAAACUUGGUGUGUGGGUAGCUUACGUACAGAGCUAGCUUGGGAUUGCUUUUGAGGGGGGUGGAGCUAAGGUCAAGGUCACUGUUACUAAAAAUAGAAAAAUGGUUUCUGCCCAAUAACUUUAGUUAUGAUUGAUAGAUAUUGACGAAAUUUUGUGUGUAGGUACUAGUAGCUUAUGUGAAGAGCAAGCUUGGAAUUUCUUUGAGGGGGGUGGGGUCAAGGUCACUGUUACUAAAAAUAGAAAAAUGGUUUCUUCCCAAUAACUUUAGUUAGCAUUGAUAGAUAUUGAUGAAACUUAGAGCGAAGGUAGCUUAUGUGAAGAGCUAACUUGGGAGGAGGGGUCAAGGUCACUGUUCCUAAAAAUAGAAAAAUAUUUUUCUGCCCAAUAACUUAGUUAGAAUUGAUGGAUAGUGAUGAAUCUUGUGUGAAUAUAGCUUAUAUGAAGCUGCAGAUUGAACUUGCUCAUACAACAAAUUAAUUGGCUAUAAUUUCUGAUUGCCCAUAACAAAAACCUGGUUUUGUCGCAUUGCGGCGCUUCUAGUUUAGAAUAUGCUGGGCAAAAUGAGACUUGGUGAACCUAGCUACCCAUGUUUAUGUUAGUACCACAGGGGUCCUCACAACUCUUUUUACCCUUUUUAUAAUCCAUCUAUAGAUUAUAUAAGUGAAAAGGGUAUAGGGUGGAAAAAAUCAUGAGAAACCCCUGUGGUUAUAACUAGACAGUAACUAUUGACAAUAUUUUAUGUUAUGAAUAUUUUUGCAUUUUUAUUUUUUCAAAUUUCAGAUAGAAAAAACAGUAGGCCUACGUGACUUUAAGGAAGCUUCAUUAACUGCAUGAAAUGCUUUCAUCCAAUGUUUGGUUUUCCCCUCAAAUUUUAAGAGAGAGUAAAGUAAAUAAGUCAAGUGCUAUACUGCUUUAUACAGCUAUUCCCGUCUUUAUUACAGAAAAUUAUGUAAAACAUAAUGAAAUAUUAGGUUGUUUUUGCCUAUUAUCAUAGAUAAUAAAUCUUCAUCACAUUGCGUGUGAAUUCAACUUAGUUACCAGUAUAUAAUAUUAGCUUGUAACUAUUAAAAGGUAAUUAUUUCUUUGAUGAAUGGGGAGAUAAUUAAAAUAAACAUUUCUUUAUCUCUAUUUCACUCAUUUGUCAUAUUUAAAUAUUUCAUAAGAAUGUAUUUUUAGUUGUUUUACAUUCUGAAACAGCUUAUUCGAAAAUGCAAAUUAAAUUAUGUGGUAUCAAGAAUGAUGCCUCUUUAGCAUCAUUGAAUGUUUUUGAAAAUGGAUAGGUUUUGUGGUACCAGGUACAUAGAAAGUGAUGUUGAUUCUGCCAAUUUUUAAGGCUGCUAAUGAGAAUUAUUUUCAGUAUAUUAUUUUUUUCUUGGGAUUGACAGCUUGGGUACCCUAAAGUGGAUCCAGUGGUUCGCCCCUACCCCACCUUCCCCUCUCAAAGAAAUAAAAUAAAUAGCUGACCAAAUUAUUUUUAAAUGACAAUAUGUUAGAAGUAAUAUGCUAACAGUAAACCAAUUAUACUAUUUUCAAUUAAUUAUAAACCCCUAUAUCAAUUGUAAAUCCUAUAUUCUUCUGUUUCAGGGUGGGGUGGGGGUAUAGUGGGGUUUACUCCUGAGCUGUGCCCCCAAAUUACAUCCCCCUUAAGUGAAAUUUUAGCCCACUUCUGGUACCCAGCUAUCAGUACUAUCUAUGUCUGAAUAAGAUGAACGAUUUCAUAACCAUAUAAUUGCCAUUAAACUUUUCAUCUUCA